CCAACCUCUAGCUCAGUGGAAAUCACAGCCUUCUGAAGUCAGUCUGCAGACAGGAGAGCCUUCAGCAAUUGUCAGUUGCACCAUGCCUACAUCUGAGUUUUAUUUCAAUGUGGAUAAUGGCUACCUGGAGGGGCUAGUCAGGGGAUUUAAAGGUGGAAUCCUCAAAUCAUCCGAUUACAUCAAUUUAGCGCAAUGUGAAACCCUUGAAGAUUUAAAGCUACAUUUACAAUCAACUGAUUAUGGAAGUUUCCUGUCCAAUGAAACAGGACAACUCACUGUAUCUACGAUUGAUGAAAAGUUGAAAGAAAAGUUGAUGACGGAGUUCCACUACUUUAGAAACCAUGCUUUCGAGCCACUUGCCACAUUUCUUAAUUUUAUUACAUACAGCUACAUGAUUGAUAACAUGAUUCUGUUGAUAACGGGGACCUUGCACCAAAGACCUAUUUCUGAACUGGUUCCUAAAUGCCACCCCCUGGGCAGCUUCGAGCAGAUGGAAGCUGUGAACAUUGCUCAGACGCCCGCAGAACUCUUCAAUGCUAUUUUGGUUGACACCCCUCUCGCGGCUUUUUUCCAAGAUUGUCUGUCUGAAAACGAUAUGGAUGAGAUGAAUAUUGAAAUUAUGCGCAACAAGUUGUUUAAGUCCUACCUUGAAGCAUUCUAUAACUUCUGUGACGCACAAGGAGGAACUACCAAAGAUAUAAUGUGUCCCAUCCUUGAGUUUGAAGCUGAUAGACGGGCAUUUAUUAUCACAAUCAAUUCCUUUGGAACUGAACUCAACAAGGAAGAAAGAGAGACAUUGUACCCCACCUGUGGAAGGUUGUACCCUGAAGGACUGAGGCUGCUUGCCAAUGCUGAUGACUAUGAUCAAGUGAAGAAUAUUGCAGAAUAUUAUGCGGAAUACAAAGCAUUGUUUGAAGGUGUCGGAAGUGGAGCCGGAGAAAAAACAUUGGAAGACAAGUUUUUUGAAAAUGAGGUACAAAUGAAUGUGCUGGCAUUUAACAACCAGUUCCACUUCGGUGUAUUCUAUGCGUACAUUAAGUUGAAGGAGCAAGAAUGCAGGAAUGUUGUAUGGAUCGCCGAAUGCAUUUCUCAAAGACACAGAACUAAAAUUAAUAAUUAUAUCCCCAUUCUGUAGAACUGCCUCUAUUUACCUCUUGGUUCUAAAUUGUCUCUACUUUGUAUCAUACAUUAAUUUGCCAUAUAUCAGAUUAUUAUUAAUUAUCAUGUUCAAACUUCAUCUUUCAAUUAAUAUUUUUUUCUGUUUUAUUUUUUUGGGGCUCUUUUGUUAUGCUGGGCACGCAAAGUCCAAUUGCUAUCAUUUGAACGUGUCCAAAUAGUUUUAAUCUGGAGAAUUUCAUUUAUUUAUGAAAAAUGACAAUUUCAGUUAAAACAAAUCAAAUACAAGAAUUCUAUAGGUGUUUGUAUUUAUGAAGCGCCAACAAAUUUUGCAGCUCUGUACAAUAGGUGGACUAACAGACAAGUAUUUGCACCAAAGACGAGUUGGACGCACAUGAAUAGAAGGUGUAGAAGGCCCUGCUCAAACGAGCUUACAUUCUAGAGAUAACUCAAUAUUCAUGUGUUCCGUAUGCGAUAAUACUCAACAUACUUACAAAUAAAUGUGUUCUAAAGAUCAGGUUAUGAUUUAUAAUUAGGUAUUAUAAUACCUAAUAUCAGAUCAUUAUUUAAUUAUAUUUAAUUAUUGCUUUGUCAUCUGCCGAUUGCUUUUAUAGCAAAAUUCCAAACAGCAAAUGGACAAUUAUGCUCCCCUAGAAUUAAUUUAUGGUGAU